AUGUUUCGUCAAACGACAUCCUCAGGUGGCGAAACAAUCAAUGCUGUCCUCCUGAAGCUGUCGCCAGACUUUGAAGAGCUAUGCGAACUGAGGACCAAGGUAGCUACCACUCGUGCUGCAGACGCCUUGUUCGACGGACAAGCAGGACUCAACGCGUGGCAGACGAGGCGCCACCCAGAAAGGCUCCUCCUCGACAUCCUGCGACCAUCGAUCGCCGCCCUCGACGCCGAGACUGACAUCCUCAAUAUCGUGCCCAAUGAAGACGGCAGUCCGCCGCGCAUCCUCGACCUCACCCCCGCACCGAGCGCCUUCACCGUCGCGGCGGCCAGACGCAACCCGCACGCGCUGAUCAGCGGCCUCGUCCGCCCCGGCGCGGUCGCCGACAUGCGCGAGGUGCCAGAGUACACGGACGACCCGAGGCCGCCGCAUGCGAUUUCCGAGAUGGCGCUGCAUGUGCUGGGGCCGGACGCGUGGGGCCGCGUCGUGCCGAUCUCUGCGACGGACCGCAGUCGACACCCUGGAGAUGCGAGCGGGGAGCUGCUGCUCGAGGCGGGGGCCAGUCGGCCGGGACGGCAACCGCAGCAGCAGACCAACAACUUACCAACCAUCCACGUCCAGAACGUCCAAGACGUCGUGCGCAUCUCGGACGAGGCGGUUGGGUCGGACAGCCAAGUGUCCCUCAUCCGCGAGGCGGCCAUGUCGGCGACGGACCCGUUCCAGGGCCAGCGGUUCGAUUUUGUGUUUGCGAGCGCCGGUGGCGAGGUCGGCCCCCGGCCGCCCGCGCAGACGGAAAGGAAACUAUUCCGCGCCCGGUGCGAGGUCAGGCUGCAGGCGGCGCAGCUGAUACUGGCAUUGAAGCGCUUGCGGGCGGGCGGGCGGCUGGUGGUCAUGUUCCGCAAGGUGGAGGCGUGGUCGACGAUACGGGCGCUGCUGUUCCUGGCGUACGAGUCGUCGCUGGCCGGGGGCAGUGCCAGCCUGCACAAGUCGGUGGGCGGUCCGCCGGGGGCCGGGGAUGUGACGGGGCGCAUGGAAACGGCCCGGUCUGGGUUUUACCUGGUCGUGCGGCGCUGCACGUCUCUCAGUGAGUGUGGCGCCGGGUUGGUGUCGGACAUGAUGGCGCGGUGGAAGGCGGCGACGGUCGGGUCGGACGACUUGUUUGCCAGCGUGGAGGACUGUCCGGAUGCUGGAGGAGCGGAGAGGAUCUUUCGGGACCAGGAGUUCAAGGAGUGGUUUUUGGAUAUGGCGACGCCGUUGUGGAGGGCGCAGGCAGAAGGGUUGAGGGAUGUGUUGAGGCGGGUAGGCGAGUUGUAA